AUGGCAAUGGAAAUGACAUCAUUGGGCUCGAGAGCCCUCAACCACUCCUCCUCGGACACCGAAGCUGAGUACGACCGCCUACGCGGUCUAGCUCGACAGGAGGCCGCCAAACGCUCCUCGUGCUUCGAUCGCGCGCACGCCGCCUACGAGGCAGGCGACGGCGGGAAAGCCCACGAGCUUUCUCAGGAGGGAAAGCGUCAUGCGCAAAAGAUGGACGAGUACAAUCGCCAGGCGCGCGACUUCAUCUUCCGGGAAAACAACAAUGUAGAUCGCGUUCCUGGCGAUACCAUUGAUCUGCACGGUCUGUUCGUCGAAGAGGCAGAGGAUGUCUUGGAAGAGCGAAUUAAGGCUGCGCGAGGACGCGGCGAGACACACCUGCACGUCAUUGUUGGAAAGGGAAACCACUCUACAGGGCACGUGCAGAAGAUCAAGCCUCGCGUCGAGCAGGUGUGCCGUGAGCUCGGCUUGCAGUACGCGACUGAGGAGAACGAAGGCAGGAUCUUUGUCAACCUGCAAGGCGGAGCGGUUGGCCAAAUGCCACCACCUCCGCAAUUUGGUGGAGGCUACGGAGGUGGUUAUGGAAGUGGUGGAUACCCUGGUCAAACCCAGCAUCAUGGUGGUCAACAACAUCAUGGACAGCAGCAACACCAUCAACAGCAGCAGCAGCAGAAUAAUAACGAAGUUGAGGAAUUGGUUCACAAGGGUCUCAAGAGGCUGUUCAAGAGCUGCUGUACGGUCAUGUAG